GACUGCAGCGUGCGUGUGUGGGACUGCGAGACGUCCGAGUGCGUGCGGGAGCUGCGGGGCCACACCGGCAGCGUGCGGGCUGUGGCGUGGGAGGGCGUCAAGUGGAACUACAUCGCGUCUGCGGGCAACGACUACACGGUCCGGCUGUGGAACGUGGCGCGAGGAUCGCAGGUGGAUCUGUUCAAGGGCCACACGGACGUGAUCCGCGCCCUGGCCUUCAGCCCCGACGGCCUCAUCCUGGCCUCCUCCGCGGAGGACACCACCAUCCGACUCUACCACGUG